CUGGGAGGAGACAAUACAGGAAGAGAACUCACCAUGGGUCGUGAGGCCCUCGGUGAAAUGAACGAAAAUGGUGAACUCUCCUUAGACUUCUGCGCCUUCAAUGAUUUGGUGAUUGGUGGCAGUGUGUUCAAACACAAGGAUAUACACAAGGCAACAUGGAUUUCACCAGAUGGACACACCGAAAACCAGAUAGACUUCAUUUCAAUCUCAAGGAAGUGGAGACGGAGCCUACUGGACACAAGAUCGAGGAGAGGAGCAGAUGUGGGUUCAGACCACUAUCUAGUACAAGGGACUUUCAAGGUGAAGCUGAAAGCCUCGAGGAUACCUGGGGAUAGGCCACAAUGCAAGUUCAACACGCAAAAACUGAAGGACACAAUCACACAGGACAUUUUCACUGCAACUGUCAGAGCAAAGCAGGAAACACUACGUGGCACCACUGAGGAAUCAUCCGUGGAAGACCACUGGAACUCUCUGAAGGUAAUUUUCAACGAAACGUGUUCAACGGUUUUAGGAAGAAAGAAGAAACAAGACAAGGAAUGGCUCUCAACGGACAUUUGGAAGCUAAUAGAGAAGAGGAGAAUGGUGAAAGAGAAAAUGAUUCAAUGCAAAGAUGGACAAGAGAAAGAGACGCGGAGCUCAACUUACACAGCACUGGACAAAGAAGUGAAGAAGAGCGCCAGGAAGGACAAAAGACAAUUCUACGACAACCUGGCUACUGAAGCUGAGAAGGCAGCAGGCAAAAGGGACCUGAGGACACUAUAUCAGAUAACCAAGUCUCUAUCCGGGAAGAGAUCAACACAAGUGAAACCUAUAAAAGACAGUCAAGGGAACCCAAUUACCAAAGAAGAAAGACAGAUUAAACAAUGGGCGGACCACUUCAAAGGACUCUUGAACCGACCACCACCUACAACCCGUCCAGAAAUACUAACAACAGCACGUACACAACUGCAAGUUGACACCAAUCCUCCAACGAAAACUGAAGUCAUGAAUGCAAUCAAGCUUCUGAAAGCUGGAAAAGCAGCCGGACCAGAUGGAAUACCCCCUGAAGCACUGAAAACGGACGCGGAGACAGCAGCAGAUAUGCUGACUCUAUUAUUGCAAAAGGUCUGGAAGGAGGGAAAGGUGCCUACUGACUGGAGGAAAGGUUACCUAGUGAAACUACCAAAGAAGGGCGACUUAGGCCUCACUCUGCAAGAACUGGCGAGGAAUCAUGCUCCUGUCGACGCCAAGUAAAAUCCUGAGUCGCAUCAUCCUGGAGAGAAUAAAGGACGCACUGGAUACAGAACUCCGACCAGAACAAGCUGGAUUCAGGAAAGGCAAAUCAUGUUCUGACCAAGUUACAACUCUACGUAUCAUCAUCGAACAAAGCAUGGAAUGGCAAUCAAAGCUCUACCUCAACUUUAUAGACC